AUGUCGGAGGCACUCGACGUUGAGAUGGAGAAUGAAGAGACCAGUGUGGCGAAUGCGAAGUCAUCAAAGGGUCGCGGUGUUGGUCAACCUCGUCAGCGGGCAGAAAGGAUUACGUAUGAUAUUGUGGAAACAGAUGGUACCUCAACUGGUCCACAGCGAUCAAUCGAGGGUUGGAUUGUUUUCGUAACGAAUAUCCACGAGGAAGCUACGGAAGAAGACGUACAAGAUAAAUUUGGAGAGUAUGGAGAAAUCAAGAACGUUCAUCUGAAUUUGGACCGAAGAACUGGUUUCUUGAAAGGAUAUGCAUUGGUGGAAUUUGAGACGCAGAAGGAAGCUGCUGCAGCUAUCGAAGGACUGAAUGGUGAAGAAUUGCUCGGCCAGAAAAUCGCCGUCACCUGGUGCUUUGUGAAACCCCCACCCUCGAAGUCGAAAAAGUAAAGCUCAAUCACUUAUUUGUCACCAAUUGAAGUUCAUUGACAUUUUGACAACAUGUGAAGUAACGAUAGCCGAUUUGUUUUUGCUUUUGUUGUUUUCCUAUUUAUGUUACUAUAAUAUGACGUUUCUUUUUGCUGUGCGAUGAUCUUGUGUUACGCCACGUGUUCUCACCUGAGCGACUUUAGUUUAUUGAUAUUUACACCUCGUUUUUGUUGCAAAUAAAGAGUGCGUUUGCAAAAAAUGUA